AUGCGACUACCACACUCCUCAAGCCUAUUAAGGCGAGGACAAUUGGCCAGCUUCCAUAAUCGCCAAGGUUUUGCAGCGACACGCAGCCACAGCACCGCCGUACUAGGCGGUGGCAUCACCGGCCUCACAGCCGCCUGGCAGCUGACCCAGGACCCCAAAUGCAAACAAGUCGUGCUAUACGAGAAAUCAAACCGACUAGGAGGAUGGGUCGACUCCGAAAACAUCCCUGUCGAGGGCGGCAAUGUUGUGUUCGAGUACGGGCCACGGACAUUGAAGAGCUCGCUGCCAAGCUCUCUGCCUAUGCUUUACCUGGCUACGAACCUUGGCUUGUACAAAGACCUCAUCAUUACCUCGAAAAACAGCCCUGCGGCUCGGAAUCGCUAUAUCUACUACCCGGACCAUCUCGUUCGCAUGCCCGCACCUGAACCGAACUUGACCCGACUUGAGUUUAUGAAGAAGACUUUAGAAGCUCUUUGGAAUGAGCCUGUCUUUGAUAAGCUGUUCACGGGGAUUUUGCAUGAUAUCUAUACUCAACCACGUCAUGCGACUGAAUGGGCGAAGGAUGAAUCCGUUGCGGACUUUAUUGGACGACGGUUUCACCCCAAAAUCGCCGAUAACCUGGUUUCCGCUGUGUACCACGGUAUCUAUGCCGGUGAUAUCGAUCAGUUAAGUGCCCAGAUGCUCAUGGGUUCGAUUCGCGACCUUGAAGGAGGUACCGGGGGUGUUGGUUCGUUUGUGCCUGGGGGCAUUUUCUCAUCUAUGGUACACCGGGCCUUCUACCGCAAGAAGUCAUGCGCGAUAGAUGAUUAUCUGGCCGUGGAUGCUAUCUCAGGGUCGCCAGAGCUAUCGAAGUAUCAGCACGACCUAGAGCGCAUAGUGGCUAAAGCUAGUACUUUCACCUUUAAGAACGGUGUUGGCCAGCUGAUUGACGCUCUCGUUACUUCUUUGAAGGGAUCCGGCAAAGUCAAAAUCAUUAUGAACUCGGAUGUCAAACAAGUAGCUUCCGAUCCAACGUUUGGAUUAGAAAUCGGGACUCCAACAGCCAACGGGAAAGGACUCCAAAAACAACAGUUUGACCAUGUCAUAUCUACAAUUCCCCCAGUGGCACUUGCCAACAUGUUAGUCCCAAGCAAGGGAUUGAACGAGAAACAUGAAGGCACCACCCGCUCCCUCCUCCGCAAACAAAACUACGCAGUGACUGUAAUGGUCGUCAACCUCUACUACCCAAACCCCAACCUCCUCCCCGUGGAAGAAGGCUUCGGCUAUCUGAUCCCGCGCUCAAUCCCCUACGAACAAAAUCCGGAAUGCGGCCUAGGCGUGAUCUUCGCCUCAGCCUCUAGUGUAGGAAAAGGCACACAUCCCACCUCACCAACAGUCAAACAAGACUCCGCUCCAGGAACCAAACUCACCGUCAUGAUGGGCGGCCACUACUGGGACGGCGUAGACAACUAUCCCGACCACGACACCGCCGUGAAGAUGGCCCGGGAUCUCCUCAAGAGACAUCUAAACAUCAUGGAUACCCCAACCGUCGCACGGACUCGUCUACAGAAGGACGCCAUCCCCCAGUACACCGUCGGCCAUCUGCAGCGCAUGUACGAUCUAUCAUAUACAUCACGCAUCGAGUACUCCAGGCAGCUCAUCCUCGCCGGAAACUGGUAUAAUGGCGUUGGUGUGUCCGACUGUGUUAAGCAGGGUAUCCUAUCUGCGACAUAUGGCACUGGUAUGAUUACACCUGAUACCAGGCGCGGUCCCUGGCGUCCGUGGAAUGGUGUUGUCGAUCCUGGUUGGAAUUAUGAGGGUGGUAUUGUCAUGUCGCCUGUUCGUUUGACUGAUACACGUCUGUAG